UUGCGGAGCAACUAUACUGGGAGCCUAGACUGGACAUGAGCAUAGAUUGACGCGUUUUUUUCGGGAAUCUAAAGGUAUAUUUAUAUUAGAGGGAAAAACACCCUUCACGGUUGGAUAGUUACCCUGAUUCUGACCUUCUCCAGCCAUGGGUUGCCUUCAGAGCAUCGCCUGCAAACCCCGAAUUAAACGCGAGAACAUCGUUGUUUACGAUGUCUCUGCUACUAUUGACCACUGCCCAACAGUGAUCGAGGAGAAUUCACCCAUAGUGCUCCGCUACAAAACUCCGUACUUCAUGGCCUCCGCUCGGAUAGUAAUGCCGCCGAUCCCUCGAAACGAGGCUUGGAUGGUGGGUUGGAUUCAAGCGUGCACUCAAAUGGAAUUCUACAACUCUUAUGGAGACCUCGGCAUGUCAAGCUGGGAGCUGCCAGAGUUACGUGAAGGACUGGUGAAGGCCAUCAGCGACUCGGAUGGCAUGAGUUACCCAUGGUACGGAAACACGACUGAAACUGUGACCCUCUCUGGCCCCACAUCCAAACCUUCACGCUUCACUGUUAGCAUGAACGAUAACUUCUACCCCAGCGUAACAUGGGCCGUACCAGUGAGCGAGAGCAAUGUGCCUUUGCUUACACGAAUCAAACGUGACCAGAGCUUCACCACUUGGCUGGUGGCUUUGAAUAUGGCCACACAGGAGAAGAUCCUCCUGCAGACAGUGAAGUGGAGGAUGAAAGUGGACAUCGCUGUGGACCCCUCCAAGCCGCUGGGCUCUCGAGCAAGACUCACCGGCCGGGUGAACCAGGACCAGCCCAAGGUGUUGACCCAUAUGGAGCCGAUCCCUCCUAACGCUUUGGGUAAACCCAAUGCUAAUGACGCACAAGUGCUAAUGUGGAGGCCCAAGCGAGGACCACCAUUAGUGGUGAUACCCUCUAAGUAGCAGGUUGUGGCAAAACUUGAAGGUUUUUAAUCAAAAUAGUCAAUCUGCCUUAAAUCCACACUGCUGCCUUUAAAGAUAUACUCGGUUCUUCAACAGCCUUGGGGACAGUUAAAGGGACAGUUCAUUAAAAAAAUGAAAAUUCUAUAAUCUUUAACCCCCCCCCACGUCACUCCAAACUUGUAUGACAUUUGUUCCUUCUGCGGAGCAAACAUGAAGAUAUUAUAAACAAUGUUUUUGUCCAUCCAAUGAAACAAAACAUUGGACCCUACUGACUUUCAUUGCACUGAGAGGGAAAAACCCAUACACUGAAAUGUUUUGCAUUCCACAAAAGAAAAAGUCAGACAGGUUUUGGAAAAAUUAUAGUUUGGGUGAACUGUCCCUUUAAUUUGAUACUGACAUUUGCCUUAAAUCCUCAGACUCAAGUACAGGAGAAUAAACAAUACUUCUGCUUUACAUAAAAGGAUACUGGACCAAAAAAAGAAAAAUCCUGUCAUAAUUUACUCACAUUCAUGUCGUUCCAAACCUGACUAAUACACACACACACACACACACACACACACACACACACACACAUACAUAUAUAUAUAUAUAUAUAUAGAUGAUUUUUUGCGCAUCAUUGAUCAUUGUUCUCUGAUCAUUGAUCAAUGAAAUUUUCAUAACAUGAGAUCUGUAAUUUAGUUUAAAUAUGAAUUAUUACAGCACUCCUCGCUGUCAUUAAAGCAUUGCAUGCCACAGGAAAGUGAUAAGCGCAUCCACUACAAAUAUGUCUAAAUUAAUAUAAUUUUGGUUUAACUUCUGCGUAAUGACUUUAUGAAAUUUCAGUUAUUAUCUCAAUUAAUGGGAGUGGAAUAUUUUAUGUAAAUUGAAAUGAAAACAGUUUAAAAUCCUUGUUUACUUCAUAACUUUUCUCACUCCAAAGAGUGCAUACGCACAGUCAAGAGCAUCCGUACGGUGCCCUUAUAUUUACGGCAAGUUUAUUUUUUAUAAAUCCAGAUACGUGCGUGAAAAACAGCAUACGCUCAAAAUGGCUAUAGAAAUGUGCAUACACUGUUUUCCAUGCCUGUUUAUACAUCAGGCCCCUGGGCAUGAAAAGAGGACUGUGAGGCCCCUGGACUGUGAAUACCGCUGCAGUGGAAAUGAGAGAACUUCAGCUGCUUAAAUUUCUAUGCUCUAAACUUAAUGUCUGGAGCUGUCUAUUAAUUCACUCUUCUGCUCAUCUGGGAGCGAGGGAAUCGAGGGAGGGGAAGAAAGAGAUUUAAACAGUGCUGCAAACACCAACUCCCACUGCAACUCAUUAGAGAGGUGAAAACCAUCCGGACCUUCCUACGGAGAUAACAAACACACAUCCAGACACAAAAGCACAACAAACGCUGCCUUCUUUGAAGUAUCCUCCUCUUCCUCCUCUAAAGAAUCCUGCGCUUGCACAAAUUACAGUGGAGUGAUUAUUUGAUUAUCAAAAAUGGACCCCAUCCGUUCACUUUAAAGCAUUAAAACCACUGGAUUUGUAUAAACUGAAUUCAUGAUGCCAUAUGGGAUAUGCAGACAUU